AUAAAAAGUUGUAUAAUUAUCAAAACAAACCUUUACCAAUAUCGAAAAGAUGAAAGCAACUGAAGAAAUAAACGGAAAAUUUAGAAUGACAAAAGAAACGCUGAAAGAUAUUUGCAAACAAAAUAAGUUAUAUAAUACUCCCAGAAAUAAUGAUGUACUAUAUCUUCAUUUUAAAGGUUUUUCAAAAAUCGAAAAUUUAGAUGAAUACACCGGGUUAAAAAGUUUGUGGUUAGAAAACAAUUGUAUAAUGAAUAUUUCUGGACUUGACAAUCAGACGGAGCUAAUUUGUUUAUACUUGCAUAAUAAUGGCAUAUCAAAAAUAGAAAAUUUAGAUUCUUUAGUUAAACUAAAUACGAUCAAUUUGAAUCAUAAUUUUAUUAAAAAAAUUGAAAACUUGGAUAUGUUACGAGACCUAACUUCGUUGACCUUGUCUCAUAAUAAACUUUCCACAGCGGAUGAAAUUGCUCAUUUGGCUGAUUGCAAAACUUUGUCUGUGGUUGAUCUUUCAUACAAUUACUUAGAUGAUCCAGAUAUUGUCGAAGUGUUUGCCAAGAUGGAAUCUUUGCGUGUUUUAUCUUUAACUGGAAACAGUGUUAUUUCAAAAAUAAAGAACUAUCGAAAAAUAUUAACCUUAAAAUGUAAGGACCUUCUCAAUUUGGACGAAAGGCCCAUAUUUAAAAAGGACCGAUUAUGCACAGAAGCUUGGAGUGCUGGUGGCAUUGAAGCUGAGCAAGCCACGAGGGCUAAAUUAAACGAAGAAGAACAAAACGCGAUUUUUGAUUCUGUAAACGCGCUAAUUAGUUUACGUCAAAAACGUAAUAAACAAGUAAAUUUGUCAAUUCCCAAGGGCAACGAUGAUAAUUGUGUAGUCGAUAAAAAUGUCUUAACUGAUAAUUUAAUCAUUUCUAAAGAUUAUUACGAUGAAUUUGGUUCUUCAGAUGAUUCUAUUGACGAAUCAGAUAAACAAAAUCGAUUGGCACACGAUAUUAGUAGUGAUAGUGAAGAUGAUUCUUCUGCCAAUGAAUCACUUAAGACUAGUCCGUUGAUAUGCGAAAUUAAAAGCGGCAAUGAAGAUGAUUCUGAGGAUGACGGUUUAGUUCGCUCAAUCAAUCAAGAGUUACAGAAACCUAGUGUCACCCUAGAGAUUACACAAAAAGAAGGUAAUAACAAAUUUCGAAUUGGUCACAAUGAUACCGAGUCAGAAAGUAGUGGCGAUUUGUCAAAUGUACAAAAAGAAGAAUUUUUGGAAAAUAAAACAAUAAAUGUAGCAACUGAAAUGUGUCCUGAAAAUGUUCAAAUACAUUACCCACCUAAUAUAACUGAUGAUAUUAGAUUUAUUGGCAAUGAAUCAAAUCAAGGAAACGAUGACAAUUUUGGGGAAAAAGUCUUAGUUUUUAAAAAAAAAAUUAAUGAUGAAGAUAGAGUGGAAAAAUUAAAUAAUCUUGAAGUUACUAAUGAUAAUAUAGGUAUAGAAAAGGAAUACAAUUUAUCUGUUACGUAUGAACCUAACACUGAUGUAAAUGAUAUUUCUAUUAAGCUUCCGUGGAAACAACCGAACAAUAAUGAGUUUCACAUUAGAAAAAGUUUCAAAUAAAACCAUCAGGAAUUGCAUUUAUGCAGAAAUAUAUAAACAUUUUGAACA